AUGAAACUCCUCACCACCGUCCUCCUCGCGCUGAUUCCCCUCGCGACCUCCCUCCCCAACGGUCUAGAGAUCGAGUACCAGACCCCAGACAUCAGCUGCACGCGCAAGACGCACAAGGGCGACAAGAUCGACGUGCACUACCGAGGCACGUUACAAUCGACGGGCAAGGAGUUCGACUCCAGCUACGGGCGGGGAUCGCCUUUGGGGUUCGAGCUGGGCGCCGGACGGGUCAUCAAAGGGUGGGACGAAGGCCUACUCGACAUGUGCAUUGGGGAGAAGAGAAAGUUGACGAUCGCGCCGGAGUUGGGGUACGGGGAUCGAGGCGUGGGUCCCAUUCCCGGGGGCAGCACGUUGGUGUUUGAGACGGAGUUGAUGGGCAUCAAGGGGGUGAAGAAGGAUGAAUUGUGA